UCGAGAUCUGAAUAAACCCCUCUCCGAUGGCGUCGGCAGCGCUUCGAUCUGCUGCGAGGAAGGUCUGUGGUCGCGCCUUUGAGCGACCUCGGGCGUAUUUUACGACGGCCGCUUCAGCGGUCCUCAAGGAGGAACAGAGGCGUGUGCUGCCAAGGAUUAGCCAUGGCGGGAGCUCGCUUCGCCGGUUCAGUUCCUCCGAAUCACAAAGUGCUCUUAAUAAUAAUAAUAAGCAGAUAGCCAAACCUGCGGCCCCAAUCGCAGAUGACAUCAUUCCACCCGACUCGCCAUUUUGGAAGAUGAGCGUGGUUUUCCCCAUAUCGAUAUGGUCACCUCGCCACCCCUAUCAUGGACACCUUGUGCUUCUAUGGGCAGCCGGGACGCUUGCUCUAUGCUCGGGAGUAGUCUACGGUGAGAGCAAGUAUCUAAGAAGAGACCGAGGCAUCCUAAACAUCAAGCAUGGUUCGUGCAGAUGUACAUGCUGUGUCCACUGAGGCCUCGUUUGGUGGAGGUGCUUUUGCCAAACAAGCCCUGAAUGAAUUGCCCUGGUUUCUAUCCUUUGUGAUGUCUAGCUAAUCUAGUGUGAGGGGCCGUGUGUACAGUUCCCGGGAAUAUGCGUGUUGUUCUUCAUGAACUAUAUCACUAUAUGUGUGCUAGUUAUUAUUCUCUAUGCCAAAAUCUUGUGCGUAGACUCUAGAUGCUAAUAGUAUUUUAUUGUACAA